UUUCGUUCGUCUCAACAACCAUCCCAACAUGGCGGCAACAACUGCGAUCGACGUGGCCGCGAUGGAAGCUGUCCGAGCGGCCAGGGAGUUCCUGUCAUCGGACAUUGCUGCGGCCAAGUCACCGACGAAGCGACCUCAAACUGCAGUCGGGCCGCGCGAGCGCCUCAAAGUUGCAGCCGCUACCUUUUACCGACAGCAACAUGCCACUGUGGAUGACUUGGCAACAGGAGCGCUAUCGACAGCAGUACCGUCAAGUGCAGCGCCACGCCCAUGUGGGACCAUACAAGCGUGGUUGACGGGGGAAACUCAUCUUGAGUCGCUCCAUCGCGUGCAACAAAUCCUGGAGGACGACACAAAGGUGCUAUCAACCACUGCUACCGCUGACCAAUUGGUUCUUCCUAUUGACUUUACCCAAGACGACCUGCAGCCGUUGCACGCAGCAUUAAAGGACAAGACGGGUCCGUACCUGCGGGAUCUCUACCAGUGUUUCCGCAGUCUCCGUGGUCACAUGGCGUCCAAGUCGACACCGCCAAUCGACGGCUUAUUCCAUGCCAGCCACCGCUUUCACAGCCAAGCCGAGGUGUUGGCGCUGCUGUUUGAAGGGGACAUCCCCGAAGCAGGGCAGUCGUCGGCGCUGUCGGAUCGCCAACUGGGCCUCAUGCUGACUCACUGCGACACCCACGGCAAUGGGUCCGUGGACAUGCACUUGUUUCUGCAUCUUGUGCAAACCGUGUCUGCUCCGCGGGAGACGUUGCUGAGCCACGUCUUUGACGUGAUCGCCCCCACCGCUACGUUGGAGAAGAAAAGCAACUACCACCACCGCAACUCUGUCGACGGAGGAGCACUACUGCGCGUGUUCAAGCUCAUCGCCAUGGUCCGCGAUGUCCAAGCGUCGCGGCGAACGACAUACCAUCUCACUUCCGUCUUGACAUGGCUCCAGUCACGUACGCUGUUAAAACUCGAAAUGAUCACAUUCACAAUGGAUGGUCGAGAGUAAAGACACGGAAUCUCAUGUGGAAAGUUAGAACCCGCGGCGACAAUGACGCGAUUCGCUUGGAUGCAAUUCCAUCGACUACAAAGUGACCAAUUUGACUCGGAUGCGGACUUUGUCUUGUACUUGGAAACUGUGUGGUCGUUUCUCACGCGUCCACGUCAUACCUGCGACGAAGAUAUCAAAGCCACCGCCAGCUACAAAUCCAUUUUGGAUCAGCGGAACAACGCUCUCGAGGGGGAAAAGGUCUGCAGUCGGCGCUCCAAGCUACGCGACAUCUUGGCUUCUGUCAUCGAGGCCAUGGCGAAAGCAACGCACAGUUUGGCCACACGAGCCGCGACCGCAACGUCGCUAGCCCUGCCUGGGCAUGUAUUGCACGCAGCGUCGCAGUCCGUUCUGGAGAAAGUGGCCAAGCAACUGCAGCUCGUCGCAUUCGUGGCGAUCUCCCCCGUAGCGUCCUGCCUGCCGGAAGCGUUUGUCCUUGUAGGAGCUGUGGAACUCGACGUCUCCCACGUGGGCUUGACGGCGCUGCCGACGUCCCUCGGACUGAUGGUGCACUUGCGUACAUUGUCCGCGUCGCACAAUCAACUCUCGACACUACCUGCGUCCGCGGCCCACCUUGUUCAUAUCAAGCACGUCAACUUGUCAUCAAACAAUCUGUCUGCGGUGCCGUCGGUGAUGGAGCAGUGGAAGGACGUGGAAACGGUCGACUUGGCAGCUAACAACUUGGUCAAGCUCCCAGACGAAGCCGUUCGCCACUGGCCAAAGCUCACGAGUCUCACCGUCCACGACAACCGCCUUGUGGCCAUCCCCGACAGCCUUGGCUCGCAUUGCAAAGCUCUUUCUGUGCUGCGGUGCCACCAUAACUGCCUCACGAGUUUGCCGUUGAUGCUGUCGCAACUUGUCAAACUCACUCAUGUGACGUGGCACCACAACAAACUGGACGACCUGUUCUCAACCCCAAUGGUGCCCUCCUCGCCCAAGAUGCUGACGCUCCACCGUUUGCAAUCUGUGACGACGUUCUCGCUGGCCCACAACUGCCUGCGACACGUUCCGACGUCGGUCGGGCUGACGUCGUUAAGGUCGUUGCGCGUGUGCGACCUCAGUCACAACGACCUCCGCGACCUCGCUUCGUUGGACUUCUCGUCCCUCGUAUCGUGCGUAGAGGUGGACUUGCGCCGGAAUCGGCUCACCCACUUGCCGCCGUCGCUAUUUUGCAUGCCGAAAUUGACCCACUUGAGUGUACAGGCCAAUGUGUUGGUGGCACUCCCACAGGAACUAGCGUCGGCGCCAUCUCUCGAGACGUUGCAUGCCCAUACCAACCACAUUGCGAUCCUUCCGUCGGCGCUCAACGCGUCGCUGCGUGUGCUGGAUGUGAGUCACAACCGCAUCCGCACUGUGCCGCGGACGUGGGCGGCGUCGCUCAACCAUCGCGCGAGUCGCCCCCACGGCCCGCUCAUCCUGCAAACCCUCAAACUCGACGAUAACCCCCUCGAAGCCAGCCUCCAACAAGUCGUUCUCGACCAAACGUACACGUGUCGAACGCGCGUGGCCCUUGCGGGGGCCAUUCGUAAGCUGGUGGACCACCUCCAACGCUCGACCACGCACCGGUCCAAGGCGGACUUCAUCGCGUUCCAACGCUCCAGCGCCAAUGACCGCAAACAGUACAGCUUAAGAGUACGCAAAGGGCGCGGCAAGUUUGCCGCCGAGUACGUGGACUGGGCAUUCCGGGAGGAGAUCCCCUGUCGUGAGCAACAGCUGCCGCGGAUUGUGUCGGUGGCCGAGUUCCGCCGCGUCCUCGCGGCUCUGGGGGCGCCAUGGACGGUCGCGGAAUGGCACUGCAUGUUGCACGAGUUCCAAGGAACUACCAUCGAAGCCCAAGGCAUCGAUGUCGAACGAUUCGUGCAAGCCGUGGAAGCUGUCCACAGCGCCAAGGCGAGUGCGAGCUUUGCAGAAGGACUCUUUGCUUGUUUGGCUGACAAGGCCAGUCCCCACCCCCACCACCCCCACUCACCACCCCCAUCCCCCUCUCCGUCCACUCAACUGACCUCGUCCCCACCCAUUGCAAAACCCCCUAAGCAAGCACAUCAUCCUUCAACCCCCGUUCAGCGUCACAAAGGUUCGGCGAACAAGGCACCGACGACGAUGACGAUAUCUACCCCAGAUCAACCAUCCCACCCAACCCCGCCAUCAACGACGACACACAAACGUGAUCCAAAACACCAGAGUCAAAGCGUGGUGGACAUCCAGUUGGACGACCAGCGCGGACGGCGACAAGUGGGUCCAUCUCCACACACUUCAGAAUCGACCUCUGACCGCGCGACUGCCGUUUCUUUCCGAGUGUACUGCAUGACUAGUCGUAAAAGCAUUGAGAUUCCAUGGACUGCGCAAAUCAAGACUACGCGGGACCUCAAGCGGGCCAUUCACUCUGCCGAGGGAAUCCCUGUGGGUAGCCAGAUCUUAAUUGUGUCGUCGGGCUCGCACCGCGUUCGAUUACAUGACGACUACCCCUUGGACAUGCCGACGCCGGCAUCGCCCCGCAUGCAGUUGCUCGUGGGAGAAUCCGUCGACGCUGCUGUGCCAAACACAUGA